CCACUGAGGCGCCCGGGCCACCUCGAGCUUCCGCAGGUUGUGUGGCGCGCCCUGCGGCUGCCACCAUCCUAUCCCGGUCCGUGCGCCGCUCACCGUCCACCGCCCCGCCUCCUCUGCGCCCGAACCGCGGUCUGCGCCACCACAGACCAUGGCCGAGAACCCGUACCCCAUCCCAUCCAAGCGCCUCGACGUCGUGAUCAUCGGUGCCGGGCUGAGCGGCCUCGGCGCCGCGUACCGGCUGCAGACCGAGUGCCCUGACCAUUCGUACGCCAUCCUCGAGGGCCGCGCGUCGCUCGGCGGGACGUGGGACCAGUUCAAGUACCCGGGCAUCCGCUCCGACUCGCCGAUGAUCUGCUUCGGCUUUGGCUUCAAGCCGUACAAGCCAUACACGCACCUCGCCGAGGGCCGCGAGAUCCUCGAGUACAUGCGGCAGGUGGCGGAGGAGAACCGGCUCGACAGGCGGAUCCUGUACCACCGCAAGGUCACCUCCAUGUCGUGGGACUCGACGGCGCGCGUCUGGGCCCUCGACGUCGACGUCGAGAACGGCGCGCGGCGCGAGCGCGUCAAGGCGAGCUUCGUGAUUGCCUGCACCGGGUACUACGAGUAUGAGCGGGCGGGCGUAGAGGAGCUGGCCCGCUUCCCCGGCCGUGAGGACUUUGAGGCCGCCGGGGGUCGCAUCCUCCACCCGCAGUUCUGGCAGGCCGGCGACCUGAGAGACAAGACGGUGGUCGUGGUCGGGUCGGGGGCGACGGCCAUCUCGAUCGUCCCUUCCCUCGCCAAGCAGUGCCGCAAGCUGGUCAUGGUUCAGCGGUCUCCGACCUACAUCUGGUGCUGGCCGCGCUCCUUCUCGCUGGCCCUCACACUCCUCUUCGCACCGCUGCACCUGCUGCUCGGCCUCGCGGCGAUGCAGGCCAUCCACCGCCACUCCGAGAUCUGGUUCGAGAUCUUCCUCCACACGCUCUGCCUCAAGCUGCCGCGCAUGGCGAGGGCUAUCUUCGCCCUCGCGCAGUGGGCGCACCUCGGCUCGAGCUUCGCGGCGCUCCGGCCGCACCUCACGCCGAAGUACGACCCGUGGACACAGCGGGUCUGUCUGGACGCCGACGGCGACUUCCUGGCGACGCUGCGCACGGGCGGCGCGUCCAUCGUGACGUGCGCGCUGGAGCGCUUCACCGCGCGCGGCGUGCAGCUUGCCGACGGCUCCGAGAUCGAGUGCGACGUCGUGGUGACUGCGACCGGCCUCAAGCUGGUGCAGAGCCCGGGCAACAUUGAGAUCUCCGUCGACGGCACGCCGAUGAAGCUGCGCGAGCACGUCACCUACCGCGGAGCAAUGCUCAACGACGUGCCGAACCUGGUGCACACGCCGGGCUACCUCAACAUCGGGUGGACGUUGCGCCCCGAGCUCAUGUACAAGGGGACCUGCCGCCUCUUAAACCACAUGGGCGCCAAGGGCGCCACCGUCGCCGUGCCGCGCCUGCGGCCAGAGGAGGUGUCGGCGCCGCGCCGCCGCCUCGUCGAGGGCUUCACCCCAACCUACUUCUUGCGCGCGCUCGACGGCUUCGCGCGCCAGCUGCCCAGCCGCUCCGCCGCAGACCCGUGGCAGAUCCACAUCCAAGACCACUUCAAGGACAAGGUGCAGCUCGCGGCGCCCCUCGACGACGGCGUGCUCCACUACCACUGACCCCCACGCGCCCGGGGAGGGGUGGGGGCCCUCACCCAGCUCAGGGCGGACGCCGUAAAGCUGUCGCGCGCACGGCUUGCCGUUGCCGCCGCCCAAUAAAACAUGGCGCGGGAGCUCGUUGUUAUGUGUCUCUAUGUGUCCAUAGAGCUAUUUGCGUGCAGGAGGUGUGGAGAGUCGUGCACAGUGCAGUACGUGUUACGUAUCUAGAUAAGCGGAGAGCUGAGAUUUCGCGC